GGUCUGACUGAUAUGGACUCUUUGUCCUCACUGUAACUGUUAUAUCGCGCUGUAUAUUAUAAUUUACGCGGUCAUUGGUCAUUGCGGAUAACAAGUGCACACAAAGGCGAAUAAAGGGUUAGCGCAGCUCACGCCGGAAGCAACACAACUACUAAAAUAAAAUGUGUUUGUACAGUAAAUAAAUCCAGAUGAAGUGACCCAAUUGUUUUGACCUCCCCAAUUAAAAAGUGUAAGGUAAAUGAUGGUUCGGCUGGCAGGCAGGGCGGGCGUGACGUCAGGCGCGGGGCCGGGCGCUCCGGAAGCGUGCGGGCCCGCGUGCGCCGGCCGGUAGCGGAGUCCCGAGCUCCCUGGACCGGCGAUAGCGUUAUUGCGGCCGAGCGCGCCAAUUGAAACGCGUGUCCGUUGCGCCCAAUCGGGACGUGCCCUCUUCGACUAGUGGAAUUUCGGACUACGAUUUUAGUAAUGUGCAAUAAAUAUUAAAUAAUUUAAGUGUGAUAAUGAAUUGUUUUAGACAUUUUACGGUGCUCGUUUUAGUUUUAACAAAUAAUUUAUGUGCUCAAGAAAUUUACGAAAAAGUCGAAGCAGUAGUGGGCCACAGUGUGGAGCUGCCGUGUAACACCGCCGCUGAGAAAGCUGACGAUAAACUUAAUAUACUCGCUUGGUACCGGAAUGGCUCCGGUACGGCUUUUUACAGCAGUCGCGAUUUGCGCGACGGUAGCAAGAGCACGACGUCGUCUGGCGGCCGAUACCGGCUGGUGACGGGCGAGACAGAAGGCGAAGACAAGCUGCAGAUAGUCACCGUGCGACCGUCUGACGCGGGAGUGUACACGUGCCUCGCCGACUUCGCAGCCAGUCCUGCGCACAAGACUCACAUACAAGUUGUAGUCAUCGAACCGCCGUAUCACUUGUGGGUAGUCCACGAGAACGGCACACAAGUGGCGAAGGCGAGCGCCGGCGUGAACACCAGCCAGAACGUGGGGCCUUACUACGUGGGAGACACUGUGCAUUUAGCCUGCGUCGCGUAUGGAGGCAAACCGCUGGCAUCCCUGUCCUGGUUUACGGAGCAGCGUAUCCUGAAGAACACGCAGACGCCGCUCUCGGAGCACCGCGUGCGCAGCGACCUGAUCUACGGGCCGCUGCAGCGAGAGGACCACGGCCGAGUGUUCACCUGUUACGCCAAGAACAACGAGAAGACCUCACCGCUAUCGAUAGACAUCACUGUAGAUAUGUAUUUGCCACCUGACUUGGUGUCCCUACGCAGCGAGGGUCCCGAGUCGGACGGGAACAUAGGGCGCGUGCGAGCGGGGGAAGCGCUGUCGUUACAAUGCCGCGUGCUUGGCGCGCGCCCCCUGCCGCCCAUCGUGUGGCGGCUCGCCGACGCUCAGCUGAUCAACUUGGAGCAAAAAAUUACCAUGGAGCCAUCCCAAAGGUUAGUUGCAAGCGAAAUUCAGCUGACCAUUGACAGGAAAUACGAUGAGUCACAAAUAACGUGUUGUGCGCCGGCGCAUCAACGCAACAGCGAGCGAUUUGUUUGCGCACAGCCACUACCCCUCACAGUACUAUAUCCUCCAAUUUUGGAGAUCGUUGUGGAGACUGAUGCAGAAUUAAAUAACAACACUCUGGCUGUUGUCAAAGGGUCCAAUUUGUCUCUGGCGUGUAAUUAUCAAGCUAACCCGUCCAUCUAUGAGUUGUUUUGGUUUCAUGAGAACGACAUGGUACUUAAUGCUGGGCUAGACGGUCGAGACAAGAUCCAGCCCGUGCUGGAGUUGAAACAAGCGAGCGAGGAGGACGCCGGCGAGUACGCGUGCGUCGCGAACAACAACGAGGGUUCCACGUAUAGCGACCCCAUCGUCAUUGAUAUUACUUAUCCAGCUUUCUGCGAAGAGGAGGGUAUAGUUGAAUAUGGGCUGGGUCAGGACGAGUCUAUGAACAUAACAUGCAACGUUAAGGCUAACCCUAAGCCGAUGUCCUACCGAUGGCUGGUCGUCCACGAUGCGGUGAACAUCACUACCUUGAAGGACCAACCCCAAGACAUAGUGGAAACAACAGACGCAGUUCUCACUUACGAACGAAGAAAUGGAACUUCUUUUAGUACAAUAUUCUGUUGGGGACAAAACGAAGUACCUACAAAAGGGUUACUAAACACCCCGUGCACGUUCCUGGUUACUAACGAAACGAAGCCACGUCCGCCGACCAAUUGCGAGGCUAAGAAGAAUGAUAUGAACGAAAUAACUGUCACUUGUGAAAAAGGGCACAAUGGUGGAUUACCGCAGAAGUUCAAGUUCACUGUUCAACCAAUGGAUUCUGAAGAGGAGCUGGUAUCAAUAAUUAACUCUGAACCAAAAUUUAUGGUGGAAGAACCUAGUCAUGAUGAAUACAAAUUUGUGAUAUUAGCUUUUAACGAUAAAGGGGAGAGUCAGGUCGUUGAAAUUGACAAAGACAGCAUAGUGAGUGAGGAAGAACCUCCUGAGGUGACAGUGAGUAGUGUGAAGAACAUAACGACGCUAGCGUUAGCGCUGUGCGGCGGCGUGGCGCUGGUGGCGCUGGCGGCGUGCGGCCUCGUGCUGUGCACGUACGAGAGGACCGCGCGCCUGGACCUGCCGCGCGACAGGGCUGACCCGCCGCUCUGCGCGUAUAACACGGAGGAAUCAAACUGCGAAACGUAUCACGACAGCGAUGAGGGCAGCGAGUGUAACGUCAGACGAACCGGAUCGUUCCGGCGCGCUGUGUCACGUCAUCCUUCGAGAAACUUCGACGUGAGACGAACCAGUUCGUUCCACUCGGCGCGCUACAUGCAAGACAUGGCCGAACAGGAGAACAUCAAGUGUAGCGACAUGUCCCGCCACGCGAACAGCUGUAGGGUACACUCACUGCAAAAUAUUAACAGGAAGAGAGAAAUGGAUGCGUUGUGCGAUCAUUUGGUGUUGCAUCUCCCUCCAGAAACAAAUUACAAUGUUUCAAGACCGAUGAAUACGUUUUACACUAUGCCAAGAAAGAUGCGACAAAAGCUGGCAAAGGAGCUGAGCGACGAAACCUCUGAAAUAACACAAAAUUCAGAUGGGUUUUCGUUGCCACCUCCACCGGACGAAUUCGGUACUUACCGCGCGGGUACUAGAAUUAAAGAUAUACCAGUAAAGUCAACACCUACUUAUACUACAGUCAUAAGGAAGAACUCGACGGGAAGGGAUCCCACCAAGCAACAAUACAGUAGUGGCAUGUCUCCCAUGAACACGGUGGGCGUGCCCACGGUGAGCGGCGGCGUGUACUCGUACCCCGACGACGACCACACCGGACACCAGGUAACUACCAACCCCUUCGAUGAAGACUCCUCUUAGUACACUCACUCAUUGACCAUUAAUAUCAAACUUUUGUAAUUUUAAAGGACACGCUGAGUUCUACUGGUGUCUACCAAACUUAUUUCACCCCUAGAGAAUCUGGAUUGUAAAUAAUAGAAUAAUUUAUUUGAUCAAAUUAAAUGUUAGAUCUCAUGAAGCAUUUUGAUACGACUCAGUUGAUACAAGGUACAGAAAUAAAAAGGUGUUACUGUUCUUGAAUCAUUAUCGUUUAUUUACAAAAAUAGAAACCAUUCUCAUAGUGUCUUUUCGAUGCAUAAUCCCAUUUAUUUUUACAAUUAUGCACAUGAUUCUACCUUUUUUGUACAUUAGACAUAAUUUUAUAAAAAGAAAAUGAUGUCACUGCCAUUUCAAAUUUUAUGUUUGCAGGCAAUAGUUUUAAUAUAUU